AUAAAACUUUAAUCUUUGUUAUUUUAAUUCUUGCAGUUGUUAAUUAUUAUCUUUGCAGAAUAUAGAUCUAUGCACGAUCUAUUUUUUAAGUAAAUUAGAUCUACUAGAUUUGACAAGUUUUUUUUAUAUCUCGUUAUCUCCUAUUUCGCUACACUUUGCAAGUUAUGUUUUUUGAGCCGUAAAAGUGGGCUUGGUCUUUUGUUGUAACAUGGAACUAAGGUUGUAAGUUAGGAGUUAUCGAAAAUAGGUUGUACAGUCAGAUGAAACAAGCAGCCCUGAUACAGAUAAAGACUUUGAUCCUUCAGCUGAUAUGAUGGUUCAUGAUUAUGAUGAUGAAAGAACUUUAGAUGAAGAAGAAGCCAUGACAAGUGGAGAAAGCUGCACUGGAGAAUUGGAUGAUUUACAAAAAGAAAGUGAAAUGCCAAUUGAAGAGCUGAUGGCCCAGUAUGCUGCAGGGGCAGUCACUGCAGAUGUGGCUGACAACUCUCCAUCUGCAUCAUCAUCAAGUGACGAUGAAGAGAUUGUAGACAAUGACCACCAUGUGAGUUUGCACAAGGGUAGUAACUCACAGAGUGGUUUACACAGCAACAUAGGGGGUGAUGAUAUUGAUCUAGUCCCAAGUGCUUCAAGAUCACAAACUGGUCGAUUGCUUAGAUCCACCAGUCACCCUGAGAGUGGUGAUUCUGAGUCAUCUUCUGAUGAUGAAAAUUAUGAACCUAUUGAGGAACAUAAGAAGACUAUACAAGUAGGUUCUGACUUCCAGGCAGUUAUUCCAGUGGGUCUCUCUGUUUAUGGGGAUGCCCCAGCUUAUGAAAAUGAAGAUCGUCUGUUGUGGGAUCCUUCAAAAAUAAAAGAUGAAGCAGCACUCAAUGAUUAUCUGUGCAAUGUGCAAAGAGAAGUGGACAGAAAACUAUAUGCAGUCUCUAGUAUCCCUAGAGGUAAACAUAUACGUGAUGAUGAGCAGGCAUUGUUUUUAUUGCUUCAAUGUGACAAUAAUAUUGAAGAAGCAGAGAGAAGGCGCAAGAUGCAAGCUGUACCUCCUACUGGUAAGCAUUUGAGAUUUUGUUUAAACAUUUUUUUUUUCAUAUUAAAGAAAUAUCUUAAAAUCUAUAUUUUUCAUCUUUGUUUAGAUGUGAUGAGUUUGUGGUCUGAAGAUGAAUGUCGUAAUUUUGAAGAUGGUCUGAGAUUAUAUGGGAAAAACUUCCAUGAAAUUCAUCACAAUAAGGUUCGAACUCGUUCUGUUUUUGAAUUAGUUCAUUUUUAUUACCUUUGGAAGAAAACAGAGCGGCAUGAUAUAUUUGCUGCCAAAACUAGAGCUGAGAAAAGAAAAUAUUCCUUAAAUCCGGGUGUGACUGAUCAUAUGGAUCGAUUUCUUGAAGAACAAGAGGUGGAACUACAUCAGUUGAUGGUGCCACAAAACUCAGAAGUCAAGAUAGAUACCAAUGAUGAUGAAAAGUCCAUGGGUAUCUUUAGUACUGGUAAAACAACUAUUAUGUCGCCCUCACGUCAUUCUGAUAGGGGCCUUGCCAAAGCUGAUCACCUGACGCCAUCAAAACGGCCAAACUAUCACCAUCAUUCUGAUCAUAACGGUAGCAGCCAUAGCUCACCUGAUCACCUUGCUCCUAAACGGCUGAAGCUGGAAACUGUAUCUCCAAAUGAUCAGCUCUCACCUAGGAGGCAAAAAUUACCUGAGGAUACCUCUAGGUUAUCACCAUGUUUAUCAUCUGCACCUAGUGACAAAAUAUUGGAGAGGAACUCUGAGCUGAUGGCUCAGCCCAACCAUGUGGACAGCAGCUCAACUUCCUUGCCUGUAGUGGUGGAUGACUAUGGCAAGAAGAGUCCUUCCAUGGAGAAGCACUGUGUGGUUGAACAUUUACCUUUACCUACCAUCUCUCCUUGUAAGUCUCCCAGUGGGGCCUUGCUUCAGACUGGCAAACAAACAAAUACUGCAGGGGACACUACCAAUCCUGACAUAACAAACUGUAACCUCAAGCCAAUGCUGUCUGAACCAGUUGUGCAAUAAUAGAUGAAAAGGUCAGACCUUGUGUAUAUUUGAGGAUUGCAUUUAUACUAUGUAAUGCACAGGAAUAAUUUGUGCUGAUGUUUUUGAAUGACUAAAUGUACUAGAUGAUGAUGUGUAAUUAAUCAAGCAUACUGAAUUGUUGGAGUCUCUCUCAUUGCUCAUAAAAUCAUUUUUUUUGUUUUUUUCUCACUUGUUUUGUUGUGGCACUGCAGGCCAUUUUUUUUAUAUUUUGCUAGAUGAUCAUCUCUCUGUACAUUUCAAUGAGUAUGGUAUGUGUGUUUACAUUCAAUCAUUGGAACUAACUUGCCAAACAUUAUUAUGUUCCAUUAAUUUCUUCUCGCCACUGUGAAUGAGAGGGUUUUUUUUUUUUUUUGGUGCCUUCCAUAUUGUUUACCCUUCCUCUUUCUCUAUAACAUGUCUGUGCUAUUGAGAAUACAUGUUUUUGUUUUGUUUUUCUGAUAUGUAAUGUCUCACAUCUCCAUUAUAUAAAUAUAUAUUCCAUUAGAUUGACCUAUACAUUGUUGCUAUAAGAAGUGAUUAGCCAUUUCGGAUUGGAGUUGUUCAUGUUGAACUAUGUUUUAUAGAAUUAUGAAAUUAUUUCUGGAAAGUACCCUGGCUAUUAAAAUUUUGAAAUAUAA